AAACAAAUUAUCACUUUGGAAUUGUGUACCCCAGUCACAGCAAGCUUUUGCUUCAAACCGCCUACUCUACUUGUCUCUUUGCACUUUCCAUUACAUGAGUACCAAUUUGUAAAAUAUUUAUUUGCAUACAUAUUAUUAUAUAAAAUGCAUUCAUACUUAAUACUAAUUGUCUCAAUGGGUGUAUUGGUAAAUGUCAGUAGCAGUUGCUUAACGCAAACAGGAGCGAAUGGACGAUGCAUUAACAUACGAAAGUGUCAACCAGUAUUAAAGCACACGAAAAGUCGCCUACCGUUAAAGUUCGAUAAUCAGUUAUGGAAUGUGUAUUGUGGUUUCGAAGGUAGUGAUCCAAUGAUCUGCUGUAAAGAGUCAUUGAUAAAGCUUCCAGAGCCGCAAAAAAACACCAAAUCCCCCGAGACAGUCUCCAACGACAGUCACCCUAAACUCAAGCUGCUGGACCAUAAGAUGUGCGGACCCAUUGCUGCUGAUCCCAAGAUCUACGGUGGCUCCUCCACCAGAAUUUUCGAAUUUCCUUGGAUGGCUCUAUUGGCAUAUGAUGACAAUGACAACAACUUUCAAUUUAACUUUCGUUGUGGGGGAACAAUUAUUAACAAAAAUUAUAUACUGACGGCUGCGCAUUGCGUAACAAAUUUACCUGAGAAUUUGAAUUUCGUUGGCGUUAGAGUAGGAGAACACGAUCUUACAAAGGAACAGGAUUGCGAAAUUUAUGAUAACGGCGCCGUUCACAUCUGUGCUGAAAAGUACCAAGAUUUUGAAAUAGAAAAGAUUUAUCCGCACCCAGAGUAUUCAUCAAUAACAUUAAGAAAUGAUAUUGCCCUCGUCAGAAUAAGGGGUAGAAUUAAUUUCAAGUCGGCGAAUGUUCGCCCGAUUUGUCUGCCCUUGGAUACGGCCUCGAGAACGAUGGGCAAAACCGCCCUUAUCACCGGCUGGGGCUCAACCGAGGACGGUUACAGCAUUAGCAAUAUCUUGCUACAGGUGCAACUGCCGAUUCUUUCGAGCACAGUGUGCAGACGCACGUACCGUGACCAGCCCUUCGUCAAACUUUGGCAUAAACAGAUCUGUGCGGGUGGUGUCAAAGCCAAAGAUUCCUGCACCGGGGACAGUGGUGGACCUCUGCAGUCGGUUUCGAUAUAUAAGGGUGAGGCCAGAGUCGUGCAACAGGGUGUCGUCAGCUUUGGCAGGAAAAAUUGCGCUGUAAAAGGAUCGCCUGGGGUUUAUACGAGUGUCGCACACUACGUGGAUUGGAUACUCGAUACAAUUGAGUGAUUUGUAUUGUGUAACACAGUAAGUUCCUAAAAUGUGCAGUAGUAAUGCAGCGAGCAUUUUUUUUUUCGUUACA